AUGUCCGACGAGCGAAUCACCGUUGUGAACAAGUGGGACGGACCAACUGUCAAGAAUGGGCUCGAUGAAGUUGUCAAGAAGAUUCUCAACGACAAGGUCGGAUGGACGGAGCAGCACAAUUUGAUGAACUUGCGCCUCUUGAUCUCGUUCAUCGGCGUCGCUUUUUCGGCAUUCGCUUGUGGAUACGACUUCUAUGCGCCGUUCCCGAAAUCUAAGAUUGUGCUCCUCGUGUGCUCCGUCUCUUAUUUCAUCUGCAUGGGAGUGCUCCAACUGUUCCAGUGGUACGUCGAGAAGGACUGCUUCUACGAGGCCAACGAGGUCGACGGAAAACAGACCCGUAAAUGGGCGUGGAGCUCGGAAAUCAAGGCCCACGACGACAAAUACGUGCUCUCAGCGGAAUUCAAGAAGGAAGGACGCUCAGGACAGGGAAAAAUCAUCAAAUCGAUCGGCGCCUAUAUCGAUAACGACGGAGAGAUCAUGAUUCCACUCGUUCAGAGGGAGGUCGACGAUUUGUGGGCUCGUCUCAUUCGCUCAGAACAAUAA